UUUGCGUAUUACAUGUGACUCAAAAUAACGGUGUGAUUUUAUGUGCAAGUCUCAGCGUUUUGGAAAGUUAAUGUGUCAUUGAUCCGAAUUCCCUGGAAGUUUAGCAUCGCACAAUCUUGUUGGUAAUAAUUAACGUUAUCGUACGGUUCUUUCGUCAGAGAUUACGAAUGUAAAAUGCACAGAGAAAUUACACUUAAAGUGUGGUUGUGUCAAAACUUUACUGAAGAAUAAACGUAUUUUCCAACUUUUAGGCCUGUAAACGUACCAUAUCAAAUUGAUUUGCUUUUGAACUCAAGUGUGUCCUAGCUUUACAAAAAGAUUUAGAACUUUCUAUUUGAUGCAAAUAACUUUGUAAAGCAGCAGGUUAGAAUGUUUAAUCAUAAUUUUCUUAAUAUGCUGGUUAUGUAAAUAUGUUGCAUAACUGAACUCUUAUUCAGGCUAGGCUAGGCUAGGCUGGGCUAUUUGUUGUCAGACAUGUUUAUUCUAUUGCUGGAACUGAAGUCAUGCCCAGCAGUUGACAAAACCGAGGUAAAACUGAUUCAAAAGAUUGGAGUCAUGGUGGUGAAUCAUAACUAGCACUGCAAACAAUUACCCUACAUGAAUUACUUAAGAUCCGGCUUUCUUGCCUGAGCAUGGCUUCUGUUGUCAGUGUAUUACCCUAAAAGCAUUUUGGUAGACAAAGGCUAAAUUCUGUUCUUUGGUAAUUACCUCAGAGUCAGCCCAAUGUGCUAUGUAUGUUUAAGUUUUUAAGUAUUUUUAAAAUAAUGAUAACCUACAAAGUAAACUAUAGUACUCAAGUAAAGUAAAACUUUCCCGUACUAUAGCUACAAAUCUAUACAACCCUGAGCAUCAGCUAUCAAAAGUAACUGGUGUGACAUUGAAAUCUUUCAGACUCACAAUCUAGAUUAGACUGAUUUUCUAGAAUGUCUCGAGAACAGCUGGUCGUUCAGCAGGCCAGGAAGGCUUUCUUGACUGGAGUAUCUAAACCCCUGGAGUACAGAAUUAAACAACUUAAAAACCUACAUCGAUUCAUUACCGAAAAAGCAACAGACAUUACUGAUGCCCUGAGAAAAGACCUCUAUAAGAGUGAAAAUGCAACACAGAUGUUUGAGAUCCUUGGCUUGGAGGGAGAAAUCAAUUUGGCUGUCAGCAAUCUGGCUGAGUGGGCAGCUCCUCGUCCUGUGAAUAAAAACCUUCUCACAAUCUCAGAUGAUGUGUACAUACAGCCAGAACCUCUGGGUGUCGUGCUCAUCAUUGGGGCAUGGAACUAUCCAAUAGCAGUUACCCUGCAACCUCUCGUGGGUGCCAUCGCUGCAGGUAAUGCUGCAGUGGUGAAACCAUCAGAAGUGUGCUCUCACACAGCCAAAAUUAUGGAGCUCUUGCCUCUCUACCUGGACCCUGAGAUGUAUCAGGUGGUUACAGGAGGGGUUCCAGAGACCCAGGAGCUGCUGAAGCAGCGUUUCGACCACAUCUUCUACACUGGGAACAGCACUGUGGGGAAACUGGUUAUGGAAGCAGCAGCUCGUCAUCUCACACCUGUGACUCUAGAACUGGGUGGGAAAAGCCCUUGUUAUAUUGACAAGAACUGUGACAUCAGAAUUGCCUGCCGUCGCAUUACUUGGGGAAAGUAUAUGAACUGUGGUCAGACCUGCAUUGCACCGGAUUACAUCCUCUGUGAAUCCAGUAUCCAAGACAAAGUGAUUAAUGAGAUCCAAAAAUGCAUUCAGGAGUUUUAUACGAAAGACCCCAAGACCUUUGCAGACUACGGACGAAUUAUUAAUCAACGGCAUUUUAAGAGGAUAAUGGCACUUCUUGAGGGUAGCACAGUUGCAAUUGGAGGAGACAAUGAUGAAUCGCAAUUUUAUAUCGCUCCUACUGUUUUGAGGGAUGUGGCAUCAGGAUCCAAAGUGAUGCAGGAAGAGAUCUUUGGGCCAAUUCUGCCCAUCAUCACUGUCAAUGGCUUAAAUGAAGCCAUUCAGUUCAUCAACGAACGAGAAAAGCCACUAGCACUCUAUGUUUUUUCUUCCAGUAGUAAGGUCAUUAAACAGAUGAUAUCAGAGACGUCUAGUGGAGCGCUCUUAGCCAAUGACUGUCUGGUGCAUUUUACCAUAAGUGAUUUGCCUUUUGGUGGGGUUGGGAAUAGUGGAACUGGUCGUUACCAUGGCAAAUAUGGUUUUGAUCAGCUGAGCCACCUUCGCAGCUGUCUUAUCAAGAAGCUGAACAUGGAGGGAGUGAAUCAGAUGCGCUACCCACCCCAUACAACGGAGAAGUUACGGUGGGCCCGUGUUUUUCUCUUAAAGCAAGUAAACCUGGCUCGGUGGCGUCAGAUGGCGCAGGUUGCUAUGCUUGCUGUGCUGGCGGCCUUUGUGGUGAAGAGGUUCUUGAGAUGACGAGCGAAGGACAACCUAAAGAUGGUCUUUCUGACCCAGGGCUGUUGAUGAUUACAUUUUUCCAUGUAUAUUAUCAAUAUUAUGGUCUUGAAUGUACACCCUUUCAGAUGAUUCAUUUUUACUUGCAGUUCUGUUAACUAGUAAGCAAUCAUAAUGGUGUAAAAUACUCAUAUACUAGCUUUGGUGAUUAGCAUUAUGUAAAGGAAAACGCAUGAAUCUGAGUUCUAUGCCAUGUAAUAUGAAUAAUUUACAUUUUGAAUCAUUAAAGUUACAAUAUAUUGCGCAA